AAGAAUCGAAACAAUUUAUGGUCGUGGACCUCAGCCCUGACUAAAUAUCUUGAAGAGCGCCACAGCAAGUGUCUAGGACCGAUUGAUGGAAUCAACCCUUGAUAGAACAAAGACCAUUACGCGAACUAACGAGGACGAGGCUGAUCCGGAUUAUUCAUGUUCAUCCAUCCCAAUUCUUAUUCUUAUACCCUCAUGUCACCAUUCAAUUGUUUAAUUCAUGUGGUUGAAUUGGGUAUAUGAAGUCUAUGAGCAUUUAAUUCUGGCUAAUCAAGCAUGCCCACGUUUUUUUCAUUGCUAUCGCAUUUUCAUAUUCUAUUCCGACAAAACUGUACAUAUAUUAUGUAUUUAUAUCUGUGUAUACCUGUCCAGGUUAUUUAUCAAAGUAUUUAGUGGUUUUAUUGGCGGUUAUUUCAAGCUAUGUCAUCAUACUGUUGCAUUUGUUACUACCAAAUUUACUGUAUUCAUUACGUCAUGCACACGUCUUGGAUAUCACAUCUGAAUGUAAAUGCGUUGUUGAUGUUGACUUUGAAAUAUCUGUGAAUUUGUAAGUACUAAGUAAGCUAAAUAGUAUUGAAUGCCAGCUGUCAAAGACAGCUUAUCCUGUAAAUACUGUAUUUUUGUUGCAAUUUGUGUUAAAAACCUGUCAAAUUCGAAAAUUGUAGAUAUUAUUCGUUAAUAAAAUAGUAG